AUGCAUCAAACCUCGAAAAUGCAUUGGACCACCGUUAUCUCCGUUGCUUUGGGCCUGUCUGCUGUAGCAGAUACGGCUGCAGUUGGUCACAGUCGGCGUGUACAUGAGAAUUGUCCAUCGUUGAACGGAAGCUUUUCUCUUGAUAUCUAUCAGCUAUAUCCUGAAAACUCAGCUUUCGAUCCAGUCGGAUGCAAACUCUACAUGAGUUCGAUUUACAACGCUUCCGUCGUGGUCUAUGAUAUCUAUACCACCAAACACCAGGUUUUAACAUUUCCUGGGAUUACUGAUACCGAGCCUUAUCACAUGGCAGGCGUUGACUAUGACGCUAGCAGUGGCGCUAUGUUCUUCACCGCAACCAGCGGCCUCGGGUUUGAAACCAAUGGCGUAGAUCUUUCGGGUCCCCAGAAGGUGAUUAAGUGGAAUACAACAACCAUGGAAACAGUCUAUAUCGCCGACUUAGCACCUUUUCAGGAGCAGUUUGAACGCACUUUCGGGCAUGCCACUGCUGGAUUCCAGGACAUUGCUGAAGAUAGCCAUGGCAACAGUUAUGCUCCAGCAAGCUUCGGCGGCUAUAGCAUUGCUAAGAUUGCUCCCAACGGUACGGUAACACCGUUUUUCACGACGAACGAAACGGCUAAAAACGCAACGGCACUGCCAUACCUCUCGUCCGGUUUGGUUUAUUUACCGUCAAAGAGCAAGCUCCUGAUCAGUGAUGGCCAGCGAGGCACAUUCGUCACUUUUGAAACGAAAUCUCGUCACCCUGUUCCGAAGCUUACCAAAAUCUCGAAUUGGCCUUCGAACUACACAGCUCUUAACUGCGAUGGUAUCAUCGCUCCCGAUCGGUACCCCGGUCAGACUGUUGUCCUUUGCGCCGAAGAUUAUUUAGGCGGCAGUGGAGCCAUCACGGUUUUCUCGAGCAAAAACGAUUGGGCAACCGCCAAGUAUCUUGGUGUUGUUUACAACUCAAACCCAAGUACAAAGGGAUUCUUGACAACAACCGCAGUUGAGAUAACGAACUCUAUUUAUCUCAACUCGAUGCCGUUCUCCGAUGGCACAACGUUUGAUACACAUGGGAACAGGUCAAGCUUUCCUAUCAUCGAUAUCACGUCGCAGGUCGAUACUAUAGUAAGAGCUCACACUCUUCAGUGA